GAUAUCACGAUGGUCACCUGGAUAUUGCCGGCCGGGUCAGUCACUGUGCCCGCAAUGAUUUUCCUUUUUUUUUUCCUGCUCUCUCGAGUCGCGUCUCUGUCGACUCUCAUCGCAUCUUGCGCAAAGUACACAAAAGCACAGAUAGAGCAUGGUGGAAUGGUCGAUUGGCAACGGAAAAGAAGUCACGAUUCGGGCGUUCCAGGAUUGGUCGGGGCCUCCUUACAUCAGGGUAUGCUCUGUGUGGUAGAAGGCCAUCUGUCUCAUUUCCAGCCAUCAUCCUGCAUUUGCUUUCUAGGGCGGGAUAUAACGACGGUCUCGGCUAGGUCUCUGAUCUAAAACGGGUUCAUAGGACACUCCAAUAGCAUCACCAACGGCCUUGUCAUCAUCAUCAUCUAACCGUCCUCUUUACCUUGUUGUUGUUGUUUUGAGAAAUGUUGGGGUUAUGAUUAAUAACCGGACCGAG